GUCACAGUAGCGGCUCAGCCACCCACCUCUCCUUUCCCAUGGCCGCCGCCGCCGUUCGCCGCCUACUGCGUGGGGCCUCCUCCACCUCCGUAUCCAACACCAGCCGUCUCCUCUCCUCCACCACCUCGCCGCCUCCCCACCGGAGCCCCAACACCAACUCACCGGUUGCCUUCGACUGGUCCGACGACGACGCUGACGGCUCCUCACAUCUACCGCCGUCCACGGAAAAGAAGGAUGAACUACCUCCCCCCUACUACGACCCCUUCAACAAGAAGCCCGCCAUUGCCGAGCCGUCCGACCCCACCAACCUACAGGAGGUCUUCCACAAGAUGCGGAAAGAGGGCCUCACCGAUUACGCCAUCAAGAUGUUCGACGGAUUGUCCAAGGACGGGCUCACCCACGAAGCUCUCGCGCUCUUUGCCGUCAUCAAGGAUAGGGGCUCCAUGCCCGACGUCGUCGCCCACACCGCCGUCCUCGAGGCGUACGCCAGCGCAGGCCCCGCGCACUGGCGCGACGCCGUGCGCACGUACGACCGCAUGCUCGCGUCCGGCGUCAUGCCCAACGCGUACACGCUGGCCGUGCUUGUCAGGGGGCUCGCGGCCAGCGACCGGUGCGCAGAAGCAGGCAAGUACCUUGUCGAGAUGCUCGACCGCGGGAUGCGGCCCAAUGUGGCGACGUAUCUGGCCGCGUUCGAGGCGUAUCUGAGGAUGGAGAAAGUGGAAGAGGGGAAAGCACUGCUAGAGACGAUGAAGGGGAAGGGGUUCAGGCCAGACGAGGAGGCCGUGCGUGGCGGCACUGUGAAGCGGGGGCAAGUGUUUGAUGGCCUAAUGAAAUUGCUCUUUGGCAAGUAAUAGUGGUACGCUAUGAUUGGUGCAUGUAUGAAUGUUUGAAUCAAAAAAUAGGAGUAUGUGCUUGUGAGUCUUCAGGACUUCCAAGUGAAAUAUGUAUUGUUUGUCCUAAGGGCUAAUGGAUAAUGCUCCUUGUUUUGUAGGCUAAACCUACAAGUUUUUGGGACAGAUUUUGAAUGCUAGAAUGUCUUUUUUUAAAUGGGUAGCAUGCAAUAUUAUUC